CACAUGCUGAUUUGGCUUUUGUCACCUGACUGAAACCUAUGCUUCAAAUCAGUGCCCUCCCUCCCUCUCUCCCUCAAAACUCUCUAACAGUCAAUUUCACUCUCACUUUCACAUAGAAUUGAUCACCAAAAAGUCUUUUCAAUCUUCACAAUAACUUCCCUUUUGCUCAUCACACUCAAAUCCCAUUUGAUAAGAGGGGCAAUCUCGUCGCUCCCUAAGAAAAGAAGAUGGCGGUCGAUGCGAAGACUGAUAGAACUGAUUUGGGGCAAUUCAAAGUUUGUAGUUCUCAAGGUGGGAUGAGCUGCACAGCUACAACAAUCACUAAAGAAGAUGAACCAUUUGAUUUCAUGCGUUCCUUAUGUGAAGGAGCUUUAGCUGGAGUAGCAGCUGGUGGUGUUGUAGAAUCCGUCUUAUACCCAAUUGACACAAUCAAAACAAGACUUCAAGCAGUUCGUGGUGGAGGAAAGAUUGUACUGAGGGGUCUUUACUCAGGAUUGGCUGGAAAUCUUGCGGGUGUCUUACCGGCAUCUGCAAUAUUUGUUGGAGUAUAUGAACCUACAAAGCAAAUAUUAACGAAAAGUUUCCCUGAACAUCUCAGUGUUCUGGCGCAAUUGAUUGCAGGUGCUGUUGGUGGGGCUGCAUCUUCUGUCGUUCGCGUUCCCACUGAGGUUGUUAAGCAAAGGAUGCAAAUGUCGCACUUUGCUUCUGCCCCAGAUGCAGUACGCUGUAUUGUAACCAAGGAGGGCUUUAGAGGCCUUUAUGCUGGAUAUGGGUCCUUUCUGUUGCGAGAUUUACCUUUCGAUGCUUUACAAUUUUGCAUAUAUGAGCAGCUCAGAAUGGGGUACAAAUUAGCAGCUAAGAGAGAUCUGAAGGAUUCGGAGACCGCUCUUAUUGGUGCUUUUGCUGGUGCAAUAACUGGAGCCAUAACAACGCCUCUAGAUGUCAUAAAGACUAGGUUGAUGGUUCAGGGAUCUGCGAAGCAAUAUGAAGGCAUUCUCCAUUGUGUUAGUACUAUUGCCAAAGAGGAGGGCACCUCUGCUCUUUUUAAGGUACACCCUUUUUCUAUGUUCUAUCUGUGAUUUUAUGAUAGAAAUUCAUCAUCUGUUAUAACACAUCUGAAAUACAUUCAUUUUGGUUUGUUUUCUUCAAGGGAAUGGGGCCCCGGGUACUGUGGAUCGGUAUCGGGGGUUCAAUUUUCUUUGGCGUUCUUGAGAGAUCAAAGAAGAUGCUCGCAGACAGACGUGUUCAGCACGAUCUAGAUUCUAAGUCGGACUAAGAAAAGAUAGGGAAAGAAAGAUCUUUUUUACUAUUUUACUCCUUAGAUCCCCAAUAUCAAAGUUGUUUUUUUAAAAUAAUAAUCGUCACUUUUGUUUUAGUUCUUUGGGUUGAAUAAUGGCCACUUUUAGUUAUCACAUCCUGUCAAGACAUUGUAUUUGAUGAGGAGUGAUCAAAUGGUAUUAGUUUAACAAGGGAUCAAAUGGUAGUUUUCUUUUUCUCACAAAAAAAUAAAAUAAAAUAAGAAAAAAAUUGAAGACUGAAAUUUG